UUUAUUUAUUUUUUUCAUAAUCUUCCUAAACUCAUUAUUUAAUAAUGUUGGAAACGAUGUGUCGCGUGCUAGCUAUAAUGCAAAGCCCAAUCAGUUGUAGAGGCUGUAGGGCUAUAAAUGUGAGAUGGUUGCUAUAGAGACGCCAGCGACUGAAGAGCUGAACUCAGGAGACCGACAGAUUUCGGAGGGUUUUUUUUUUUAGGAAGGUUUGUGAUGAGCUCUCCGUUGCAGCAGAGCGUUCUCCAGGCUCCCUCGUUUCAUCAAUGCUUUUAAACAGGAUGGCUGAUGUGAAACCCUGCCCCUCCGUGAGCGGAAACCCACCUCCACCAGAGGUAGUAAAUCCCAGGAGGCCCGGGCGCCUGACCAAUCAGCUGCUAUAUCUGGAGAAGGUGGUGAUGAAAGCGCUCUGGAAACAUCAGUAUUCAUGGCCGUUUCGUGAGCCCGUCGAUGCUGUAACGCUUUGUCUUCCAGAUUAUUAUAAAAUUAUUACAUAUCCUAUGGAUCUGAGCACCAUCAAGAAACGACUAGAGAACCGAUAUUACUGGGAAGCCAGUGAGUGUGUAAAAGACUUCAACGCCAUGUUCACCAACUGCUACAUGUACAACAAGCCUGGAGAUGAUAUUGUUUUUAUGGCCCAAACCUUGGAAAAGGCCUUUUUGCAGAAAUUGUCACAAAUGCAAAAGGAGGAGGUGGUCACUACAGUCACUGCACUUGAACCACUGAAAGUGAAGAAAAACAACACAGCAGAUGCAGUGAAGCAGAAGUCUGGUAUAUCAGACGUUGUUCUCCAGCAGAUGGUGACGGUCAUUCCUCCCGAUGUGGCCCAGAUCAACCCACCCAACCAACUUGCUGCAAAAACACACACAACAAUUAAAAAAGCCUUGAAGCGGAAAGCCGACUCGGCAACAUCCGCCACCUCCGUCUUCACAAACAGCGAGGUCUCCCCUGAUGAGGAGCCUUCAGUGCCUUGCACAUUGUUCUUCAGAACAAGCAACGGACGGCCCAUAAAGCCCCCGAAGAAGGACUUGCCUGCUUUUGAGGACAAGAGGGUCAGAAUGCCAGAGCAGCUCAGGUACUGCAACAACAUCCUGAAAGAAAUGCUGUCCAAGAGGCACUAUGCCUACGCCUGGCCCUUUUACACGCCGGUGGAUGCAGUGGCUUUGGGGCUCCAUGACUACCAUGACAUCAUCAAACAGCCGAUGGACCUGAGCACCAUCAAGAAAAAAAUGGACCAGCAGGAAUACGGAGACGCCAAGGAAUUUGCUGCUGACGUGCGACUAAUGUUCUCAAACUGCUACAGAUACAAUCCUCCAUCACAUGAUGUUGUCUACAUGGCCAAAAAACUGCAGGAGGUUUUUGAAGCCCGCUACAUGAACAUUCCCCAAAAACCAGAAGGGUGUUCUGUCUCUCUGCAAUGUGCUGAAAACCAGCAGUCGAACAGAGUCGGAAGUCCCUCAACCUCUGAGAGUUCUCUGAGCAACAACUCCUCGGAGUCAGAGAGGUCAUCAGAUGAGGUUGCCAUGCAGCUGGCUCAUCUGGAAGAGAAGUUGAAGGCGGUCAGCGAUCAGCUGAAGCAGCUCACCAAAGAGCCUCCGAAGCCGAAGAAGAAAGAGAAGCUGAAAAAGGAAAAACGAGCCAACGAGAAGGGCCUUUCUCGACUGAAGAACGUUUCUGCGAAAUACAACACUAUAGUGCAAAUGAUUUCGAAAUGCAAAAGCACCUCUCUGCAUGGAGUUAAACCCCACAAUUCCGGAGUCCCAACGAAGUGCAGCGAGGUCGUUUCAGUCCCACUGAGUAACCAGGAGAAGACGCAGCUAAAGGCAGACAUCGACAAGCUACCCAGUAAAAAACUAAUCGAGAUGCUGAACCUCAUCAAGAGCAGGGAGACGUGUUUGGAAACGGCUGAAUCCGGAGAGGUGGAAGUGGACUUUGAAAAGCUCAAAGCUUCCACUCUUAGAGCCUUGCAGCAGUUUGUUGCUGCCAGUCUCAGUAAAUGCAACAGCAGCAGAAACAAAAAAAAGUUGUUGAUCCCCAAAGGAGGACUGAAGAAUGAAAAAACAAAGGAGGGUGGAAAGAGAUCAAUUAUGGGCAACAAAAAGAACAUGUUGAUGAAACAGAAACCACUGGUUGAAGUCUCGGGUAACAGCCGCCAGUCGCCUUUCAGCAAAAGCAGCAGCUCCUCGUUCAGCUCCGGCAGCAGCAGUGACAGUAGCUCCAGCUCCAGUGACGGCAGUGACUCAGAAUCAGUGCCAAAACUGAAGAAAAUAUCCAAGGAUCCCUGUCAAAAAAUUCACCAAAAGGUGACCCACAAUAUAAGCAACAAGCGAGUAUCGGAGAUCAGACAGUCGGCGAAGGCCUUGAUCAGAACCCAUCAUCCGUCACACCCCAUUAAAUCCACGCUUCUAGAAACUAAAAACGACCAAACACCCCAAAUCCCAGGCCACUUCUAUGACGAGCUGCCCAUGUCCCCGCAAGAUUUGUCGGCGCUCUUAUCCCCCAUGGCCUCUCCUGGAGCGCUGCCAGACUGGGCAGCUGCCAGAUUUGAGGGUGCAGUGCUGUCUCCUCUCACUGACAGUCCACUUCUCUUCAAAGAAGAGAUGGGUGACAUUUAUUUGACGGAUUUCCGGGAUCCUGAAGAUUUUCCUGAUAGUCAAGCAAGCGAGCUCCCGCUCAGCCAGACUACGAGUAAAUCUACUGAAGAGGAGAAAUCCCAGAUACCCAAAAAGGACAUUUUCUUGAAAAAUGCAGAGUCAUGGGCAAAACUUGUGAGGCAGUCGGUCACUCCAGCUGCUAUCAAGGCCUCUAAAGAGAGCUUCCAGAUGUUCCGCAAAGCCGCCAUAGAAAAGGAAGAACGGGAGAAAGCCCAAAAGAAGAAAGCAUUGGAUGAAAACGGAGUGAUGGAGCCUGUUGAAAAGAACAGCUUUCCAGCUUUGGGUAAAACAGAGCAACCUCCGGAGAAGAUUAAAGAGGAUCCGGAUUUGCUGGAGAGCAUCUGUCCGGAGGCCGGGUUGGAAGCUCCCAAACGAGUGGAGCAGCCGAGGUCUCAAAGUGAAGCGACGGCCCAGAGCCAGCAGUUUUCUGUGGAUAAAGAGCGAGAACUGGCCCGGAGGAAAGAGCAGGAGCGUCGCAGGAGGGAGGCUAUGUCUUGUAUUGACAUGACCAUGCAGCGGGAGAUCAUGACCUCAUUUGAACUUGGCUUGGACUGAAGAAGGAAGCUGCAAACCAAAGCUCUGCCCUCGAAGAUCUUCAGUUGUCAUGAGUGUCAUGAGGUGUAACAUUGUGAGAUGCUCUCUCCGGCUUGAGGCAAUAAACUUAAAGCCUGAAAGGUUAAACUAUGGGAGGAGGUGUAAAAGAUAAAAUGCAAAUGGAUCCGACCUUCUGUUAGCAUUUGAAAUUUGCACUAACGCACUCUUAGUGUUUAUAGCACUGUUAUUAUUUGAACUCACAUUUACUACAUUAUUGUUCAUCCUUUGACAGUUUACUGCAUUUUUGUCAGAAAUGUUACAUUCUGUUAGUUCUUGGAUUUAAUCGAUUCCUUUCAGGAGAUUUACAAUAUAAUUACUUUUUUUCGCAAAUGCAGAUUUGAGUGCAUCAUACAUUCCUGCAUUACAAUAAUAACAUGUAGAAUAAUGGAAUAGGGUUCAAAAGAUUUUCCAGCUUGAAGAUUUCCUUCAGCUUUUUGCUGGGCUAUUAUUACAAUGUUAACUAUCCAUGUAUGACCAAACUGCGUUGUUUGGUCAUACAUGCAGUUGUGACUGUUCUCCAGUCCUGAACAAUAGUAGCAGAUCGUCCAAGAUGUUUGUAUAUGUUUAAAAAGGUUUUCUUUUAAUUAACAAAAUAAAGCUAUUUUUCACUAA